GGGCCCCCGGCGGAGGGCCCCCUAGGUUUUCUCGUGUUCCGGCGGCCCCGGAGCUCCUUCUAAUAGUCCGGGACCGAGUUCCCUCCCGUCUGGGAUCCUCCCCUGGUCACCACGGAGGGGCGGACACCUGCCGCUGUAGCACUCCCAGACCCGGCCUUUGCAGGCUCCUCACCCCGCGCAGACGGCGGAGAGCUGCACGAUCCCCGUCGACCUCUUUCCCAACUCCAGAACCUGCGACCCCUGCUAGUCCCGCCGGCCCCUGCCGCUCCGCACGCACCGUCACGGGAGACCCCCACAGCCCGCGCGGCCUGGGCCCCUCGGUGCCCGCCGGCUGCUCCUCUCGCCCUCUUCACCGCCCCGCUGCCUCCCCUGGUUCCCAGUUUCUGCCCUCGUCCCUGCUCUUUGCUUCCCUUGUCAUCUCUCGGAGCCCCCGCCUCGCCAGGGGCCAGUGGGUACCCGGACCCCAGGAUGUGAGCCCCGCUAGCCUGUGAUGUUGUGGCUGCCCCUGGGCCCCUUCCAUGCCAUGGAGAACCAGAUGCUGGUGAUUCGCAUCAAGAUUCCAAAUAGCGGCGCGGUGGACUGGACAGUGCACUCGGGGCCGCAGUUACUCUUCAGGGAUGUGCUGGAUGUGAUAGGCCAGGUUCUGCCCGAAGCAACCACCACAGCAUUUGAAUACGAAGAUGAAGAUGGUGAUCGAAUCACAGUGAGAAGUGAUGAGGAGAUGAAGGCCAUGCUGUCAUACUAUUAUUCCACAGUAAUGGAGCAGCAAGUAAAUGGACAGUUAAUAGAGCCUCUGCUCAUAUUUCCAAGAGCCUGCAAGCCUCCUGGGGAACGGAACAUACAUGGCCUGAAGGUGAAUACCCGGGCCGGACCCUCUCAGCACAGUGGCCCAGCAGUCUCAGACUCGCUUCCCAGCAAUAGCUUGAAGAAGUCUUCUGCUGAACUGAAAAAAAUACUAGCGAAUGGCCAGAUGAAUGAACAAGACAUACGGUAUCGAGACACCCUUGGUCACGGCAACGGAGGCACGGUCUACAAAGCAUACCACGUCCCGAGUGGGAAAAUAUUGGCUGUGAAGGUCAUACUGCUAGAUAUUACGCUGGAACUCCAGAAGCAGAUUAUGUCUGAGUUGGAAAUUCUUUAUAAGUGUGAUUCAUCAUAUAUCAUAGGAUUUUAUGGGGCAUUUUUUGUAGAAAACAGGAUUUCAAUAUGUACAGAAUUCAUGGAUGGGGGAUCUUUGGAUGUAUAUAGGAAAAUUCCAGAACAUGUUCUUGGAAGAAUCGCAGUAGCAGUUGUUAAAGGCCUUACCUAUUUGUGGAGUUUAAAGAUUUUGCAUAGAGAUGUGAAGCCCUCCAAUAUGCUAGUGAACACAAGAGGACAGGUCAAGCUGUGUGAUUUUGGAGUGAGCACUCAGCUGGUGAAUUCUAUAGCCAAGACGUAUGUUGGAACAAAUGCUUAUAUGGCGCCCGAAAGAAUCUCAGGGGAGCAGUAUGGCAUUCAUUCUGAUGUGUGGAGCUUAGGAAUCUCUUUCAUGGAGCUUGCUCUUGGGAGGUUUCCAUAUCCUCAGAUUCAGAAAAACCAGGGAUCUUUAAUGCCUCUCCAGCUUCUUCAGUGCAUUGUUGAUGAGGAUUCGCCCGUCCUUCCGGUUGGAGAGUUCUCCGAGCCGUUUGUACAUUUCAUCACUCAGUGCAUGCGAAAACAGCCCAAAGAAAGGCCAGCACCUGAGGAACUGAUGCAAAGUCAUAUCGGGGAGCACGUCCUGGAGGCUGUGUAGACUCCCAUGGACAGAGCGUGUCUGAGUCGGCGCAAUGGCUACCUCCCACCUUUUCCGAGCAACUGGACGGCAAGACGGGCAGGGCGGGCCACACUCAGCUGGCCGGUGAGAGGAGAGCUGCUUGGUGUGGAAGGAAUGCUUAGGAUGUGGUCGAAGACGUGUCUGCAAAGGAGGUUAAGAUCAAGGGAACCCUGUUGAAGGGUUGAGUUGCAUUGGGAGCAAAAAAUGAAGGGGGGAAUGAGGAAAUUGUUGAGACCUUCUGCAAAAAGACCAGACCUUCUGGCUCUAGGCAGAGUCCACUUAACAGUUAUGAGUAGUCUUUAUAUUUCAAGGAUAAUUAGCUUUUCCUUUAAGGGGUGGACUAAAUCUUUUGUUUCAGAUGUGAGGGCUUUCAAACACCUGGAUAAACCUCUCAGGGGUUAAAUCUGUCUUUGGAGCUACUGGGACUUGAAAAAUGUUCCCCUGUAUCAAGAAAACCAGAAGUGACAAGUUCAUUUAAAAAGCCUGGUUUGUCAUUGUUUAUCUAAUUUUCAGAGUUGACACAGAAAAUUAAACCGGCUGACACUCACUCUCUG